AAAGUGCCGCGCAGUUGGAUUUCCGGCCCGGUUUCUCCACCCCGUAGGUCUCAAUCCAAUUCAAGAACGUUGGGGACCAUGGAGGAGCCUGAAAUGCAGCUGAAAGUGAAGAAAGUGACAGACAAGUUUACAGAGAGCAUGUACGUCUUGGCCAAUGAACCUUCCGUCGCCUUGUAUCGGCUUCAAGAGCACGUCAGACGGUCCCUCCCGGAACUGGCCCAGCAUAAGGCGGACAUGCAGAGCUGGGAGGAGCAGAGCCAAGGAGCCAUCUAUACCGUGGAGUAUGCCUGCAGUGCCAUCAAGAACAUGAAGGACAGUUGUGUUUAUUUCAAGAGCAUCGAUGGGUUACUCCGGAAUGCCAUUGCAGUGAAAGAGCAGCUGAAUUCCACCCGCAGGUAGCUGUAGAAAGCUGGCCACGGGGAAACCGCUUGAGCCCGCCCCCCGCCCCAUGUACAGGAGCCCCAGUUUUACAUAUGCCCAAAAGAAGCAGCCCCGACACCGCUACACUCAUCCUCCGCAUUUUUUUCUUGUUUUAGUAAAUUGUUAUUAAACAUUUUGAAGAACUGAUAUCAGAAGACCAUUUAUACCAGGAUGACUCAGUCCACUUUGUUCUGGGCUAGGAUUCUUAGGGGUGCGUUCUUUUUCUUUCUCUUUUUUCAGUCUACUUAUUUUUAAAAUGUUUGGUGCAGAGGAGGGAA